AUGCCUCGACCAGAACAGGUCAAUGUUCCGCUUGAAGAUAUCCGCCGAACCCUGGAAGACCUAGACCGGCAGCACGUCGAAGCAAUGGCUCGUAUCAGACGGGCUAAUCGACCGCAGGAGGUCGUGGAUUCAGAGCUCCGGAAUGCGAAGCUCAGGAUGCCCCUCGAGGAGGUCACACGCACACUGGAGGACCUAGAACGGCAGCAUAUUCAAGAAACAGCCCAUCGCAGACAAGGGGCUCCUCUGCAGACGGACAUGGAGCCACAGCCCCGAAAUGGAAGUCAAACGGUAGCCCUUGAGGAGAUUGUCCGUGUAUCUGACAAUUUGGACCGUAGACGCGUGGAACUCCAGACCAAUCGACCCGGCCGGCCCCACCGGGCUCGCCGCGACCGUCAGUGGGUCCAGCGGCCUGGUAUUACCGAACCUCUACAACGGCCAACAACCCCCGAGCCGGCUUCCACUUCACAGACGCCGCCUUCUCGCAAGCGCCGUAAUGCGCAGCAAGGAGGGCUUCUAACCCCGCCACCCUCAGGCCAAGGCCGAAACCGCCGGAAAAGGCCGAGACUACUACACGAGGCCACUCAACUCCAGCAACGGUCUCUUGACACAAUUCUACAACACCGGGGCUCCUGCUUUCGCGCGAAGAAGGAUGCAUCUUUAGGAAGAUCCUGGUGCAAAGAAGUUCCCCUCGCCCUUCAAGUCGAGACUUCAAGAUUGUUCUAUACGGCUUUCGCUGAUGAAAGGACGCUGCCUGUUUCCCAUUGCGUUUUCUGUUACAGAAAAUGCCCGCCAAUCAACAUUACUGCUGUCCAGUGGAGGAGAGACUUGCUCUCUCCGCUCCUGCGAGCCACAGCGGCUCUUCAAGAAUGCAAAAAGUGUCUGCGGCCGGGUGACACUCCAGUUGAUGUUUGUCUUGAGUGCCGCGGUGAUUUCAAUCGCGGGAAGCUGCCGAAGGCCUGCUCGGUCAACAAUAUGAAUAUUGGAUGUGAGCAUCGUUAUCCCAAAGAACUCGACGGUCUCUCUCCCCUUGAGGAGAGAUUGAUCGCUCUCCAGGCCCCCUUCGGCUAUAUUACAAAGUUCACAGUUGACAACAAGACACCGUCGAAUGCCAGUUACAGGAAACACGUCAAGGGCCACAUUGUCGUAUUUCCGAACAACGUAGAGGACUUGGCAACUACGGUGCUCCCUCACCCGCUUCUUCAGACAAUUGAGAACGUUCAUGUGUCCUGGAGUGGUACUAAUAGACCCAAUCCGGCGGAAGUGGGGUCCCUUCUUCAAGUGCGAAAGUCUCGGGUGACUGCUGCUCUGUUAUGGCUGCAAAAGAACAACCCCCUCUACAAAGAUAUCGAAAUAAACCUGGAUGAAAUACAGGGUUGGCAGUAUGCGGAGGGCUCGACAGUUCCUACUGUUCUCAUGGACCGGAUGCAAAGAGAGGAACCCUCAGUCGUGGAAAAGACGCAGACGGACCCCAUCGUCCCAAAUACCGAUCGCGGAUUAGCCGAGACUAGUUUCACCAGCAUUGAAGAGCUUCUCAUCUCCAUGCAACCAGACCCAAGCGACGAUACCUCGCCAUUUGGAGAGAAUAUGUCGACGAAACAGUCCCGCCAGUUGCCUGAAGAUCUACAUAUUUCUGCUUCUAACCCAGGGAGUGCUGACCGUGGCGAUGAUGUCCUAUACGAGACUUCAGCAUCCGGCAUGUUUCCUCUGGACGGGCCUGCUGCUUUUGCUGAGGCCGACAAGCUCUCCUUCCUAUCUGAGGCUAUGCAGAUGAGUCAGGCUAGACACGACGAUGACGCUGAACCUUCCGCUAUGACGGUCCACACGACGGGAGACCAACCAUUCAUUCGGGUCGAGCGUGGCGCGGAUUUUGCAGACAACCUGCACGAGGACUUCUUUCCACGGACCUUUCCGAAACUUUUCCCUUGGGGGAGGGGCGGCCCUAAGGCUCUGGACCGGCCGGGCAGCAGUUUACAUGACGCAUUGAGUUACACACAGCGCAGUGCAAAUCACUCACUCAACUAUUGGACCAAGUAUGUGUUGCAACGACAUGGGGGCCGAUUCGCCACCCACCCCGUCUUUUGUUUCUUGGUCUUCAACAUCCUCCUGCGAUCUACGAACCGGCGUAUCAGCAUGGUCCGUAUGGCAAGGGGUUCCUUCGAGAGACUGGGCCAGGUCUAUGAAGGCCUGACGGCAGACCGCCUAAAAAGAGCCCAGGAGGAGAUGCGAGACACCAGGACCACGACUGACGCGGACAUAUCGUUCUUGCUUCGCGAACUGUCCAUCUUCGGCCACGCACAGCCACUCUCCAACGAAACUCGACUCUUGAUGCGGAGGAAGAUACAAGCAUUGAAUAUCUGGACCGGUAUGCCUGCCAUCUGGAUCACCAUUAAUCCCAACGACAUCAACAACCCGGUCAAGAUGAAGCUCUCCAUGCACAGGCUCCACGAGUAUGAUACGGCAAAGGAACUGCUGGCAGAUCUCCGUGAAAGGUAUGACAGGAUCGCUCUCAGCACUAUGGAUCCGGUUAGCGCCGCCAUCUUCUUCCAUCGAGAAAUCUCCUUGUUCUUUGAAAAAUGCGUCAGGACGGGCCAGGAAUCGAUUUUCGGGAAGAUCAGCCAUUACUACGCAACAGUCGAGACGAACGACCGAGGCAGUCUCCACUUACAUGGCCUACUCUGGCUGGAGGGUAAUAUGGAGUUGCCUUCCUUGAUCGACGAUAUGGCAAAACCCGAGGAGGAAGAAUACCGUGCCCAGACGGUUCGGUAUCUAGACUCGGUAUUUAACGAAUGUCUAGAUGAGGAAGCUGGAAGAGCCGUCCGCAAGUAG